AUUAUGGCUGUGCAAUAAAAAGAAAAAAUUUAAAAUUUUUAUGAAUGCCGGUUUUUUUUGUUUGUAGUUAUCUUAUGAGAAAACUAAACUAAAUGCCUUCACAGUUCACUACAUGGGAUGGGACGUGAAGAAUGACCGGCCCGAAGAGUAUUAUGCACGAUACACUCAUAUGUAAAUUGUAGGUUAUGUUUUCGUUUUGUAAAAGAUUAGAGUUCAGUGGUAGGACCAUUACUUUUACAUAGUCCACUUUUGCGAGGAAAUGUAUGUGCAGUGAGUGUUCUCUAGAAAAAGAAAUUCCUGCGAUUUCCCAUCCAUAUCAUUGUUUAAAUUAACUCUGCUUGAUAAGAAGUAUAAAUAGGUAAUUAUGUGAGAAAUGCCCCACAAAGUAAUACUUGUAACGGGAGGUUCCGGUUUAAUCGGUAAAGCCAUUGAGACUAUAACCAAAUUGGAGCCAAUUGAAGGAGAAGAGUGGGUUUUCCUAAGCAGUAAGGACUGCGAUUUGUGUGAUACGGAAGCAACUCGAAGAACGUUUAACACUUACAAACCGACACAUGUUAUUCAUUUGGCGGCGAUGGUUGGUGGAUUGUUUCACAAUAUGGCGCAUAAUUUAGACUUUCUCCGUAAAAAUCUACAGAUAAAUGACAAUGUACUUCAAAUAAGUUAUGAAGUUGGAGUAGAGAAAGUGGUGUCAUGUUUAUCUACGUGCAUUUUUCCAAAUGAUACUUCGUAUCCAAUCGAUGAAACUAUGGUUCAUAAUGGUCCGCCUCACUGUUCAAACUAUGGCUACAGUUAUGCCAAACGUUUUAUUGAUAUAGCUAAUCGUGCCUACAGUCAGCAACAUGGGUGCCGUUUUACGUCGGUUAUACCGUGCAAUGUUUUUGGGCCCAACGACAACUACAAUUUGGAAUCUAGUCACGUUAUACCGGGACUCAUCCGCAAAUUACACGAUGUAAUUGAAGCAGGUGGAAGAGAAUUUACUGUGAUGGGAAGUGGAAAACCCCUAAGGCAAUUUAUUUAUUCGUACGAUUUAGCGAGGCUGAUUAUUUGGGUUCUGAGGGAGUAUGAUGAAAUUGAUCCGAUAAUGCUGACCGUUGAUGAAAAAGAUGAGAUAACAAUUAAGGAAGUUGCCGAGAAUAUCGCUAAGGCAUUUAAAUUUGAAGGUGAAAUUGUUUUUGAUAUAACCAAAGCAGAUGGUCAGUAUAAGAAAACGGCAAGUAAUGCAAAAUUGCGAAAAUAUUUGCCCGAUUUUCAAUUUACUCCAUUUGACAUUGCAAUUCAACAAUCUGUGGAUUGGUUUAGAACAAAUAAUGAGACUGCUAGAUUGUGAAGUACGCCUUCAUGUGUUGUUGAAAUGAGGUUGUUAUGUAUAAUUUUUAUUGUUAAUGUAUUGUCAAUAAUAAUGAAUAGUAAUGACAUCGUACGGGA